AUGAAAAAUCCGUCUAAAGAAGUUGCCGUUAAAAUGUCAGAAGAGCUCAUUGAGAAACUGGACACUGAGGUCGACUUGGCACUUUACAGGGCGAAUAGCACAGUGGGAAUGAUCGAGAAUCGAGUCAAGGAUCUCGUAAACGAAGUCAACUACGCUCAAAAGGAUCGCGAUGCUCUCAAGGCUAAAUUGAGUAAAGCUGUAGAUCAGUCAAAGACUGCGGCUAAAAUUCUGGCUGAACUCCAGAAGAGAAAUGAUAUCACCAAAAAGGCAGAGAAAAAUGAUACUUCUACUUAUGACCACUUGACUGAGCAACAAGCUGUCUUCUCGGAAAAGCUGGAGAGAGCUCAUGAGACGACCACCGAUAGUCGAAGUAAACUCCAGGAUGUGUCAGAGCGUUACGAGCAUGCCAAGGUGCGACAGCAACAGCUUCAAAAGAGGAGGGCGGCUGUAGAGUCAGCGGUGAAAGCUCUGAAGUCUUCCUUUGAGGUGAUAAACAAGGACCAGAAGAAGGACGAGGCGUUGCUCCGAUCUGUGACACUGAACGUAACGAACCUCAAGAGCGACUACGACAAAGUGAAGACCGAGAAAAGCAAACUGGAAGAGCAGUUUGUACCGUUGAAGAGGCAAAUGGGCAUCGCGGCAGAAGCUCUAAGACAGCAGCGCAAAAGUCAGGAGGAGAAAUCCAAUGAAGUGCGCGAUGCAGCGUCCCGGCUAAACGUGGAGAUAGCUGCUCUGAGCAAAGCUGAACAGUCCCAGAAGAAAUCAACGGCAGAACUGGAUCAAGUGAAAUCUGGAUUGUCGAGGAAACACGAACUGCUGGAAGCCAGCCGAAAACGCAAGGCUUCACUGGAGAAUCGACUUGAGAAGAUACAGGGGCAACUGAGUGAGUUGGUGAAGAAGUCGAGGUCCAAGCAGUGUCCAGAAAUGGACAUCCUAUAG